AUGUCGCAAGAAGAUUUCAGGCCUUCGCUGCCCACGCGCACCUCGACAUCCUCCAGCGUUUCGCGCAAGUCCAACCUGAGCCUGGACCUAUCAAACCUGCCGCCUCUGACACAACCUGUCACACCGACCAACACCCUACUCUUCACCAACCUUCUGGAUCGCGACAUCUUCCGCCCUGACAACCUGGAGACCAUCCGCGACCUCGUCACAAAAACCGCUCCGAUACAUUCUUUCGCGCCACUCAAAUCUUUUGCGCGCAUUGUGAUUUCUUUCUUCUCCGAGGAGGAUGCCAUCGCCGUCCGUCGGGUCUGGGAUGGCGAGUCCAUCAUGGGAGCGAGCUGCAACGUCUACUUUGGCCGCCCGACCCCACUAGACGUCAAGGAUGAGCGCCUCGCCCUGCCCGAUGCCGGCAAGCUCUUCUUCAUCUCGCCGCCGCCGUCGCCGCCCCACGAUUGGGAGAUGAGGCUGGAGGAUGCUCCAAACAAGCUGGUGCACGCCGAGGAUCUUGCAGAGGCUCUGGCCAAGCUCCACCACAACAAAGACGCCUCCGCCCUCAGCGGAGUUCAGACUCCCAUCUCGCCCACUGGAGGCAACACCAGGAGCCGCAGCUCUACCCUCAUCUUCCAGCCCGGCCAGGACGGUGCCUCGCCCGAGCUGCCCGCCAUUGCUAUUUGCGACAUGACCGACGAUCCCGAGGAUGCAUUCAUAAGCCCCAUCGAUGUACCAAAGCCGAUCUUGGCGCAUACCGCACGCCCUCCUGUCGAGCUUAUGCACGCAGCUUGA